AAGAACAUGUUCCUUCGCAUGAGCAGACCAGCUUCCAUCAUGAAGACGCUAGUGUGUGCUCUUAUUGUGGUGCUUCUCUGCAGUGCUUCAGUGCACUCGCUGACAUGCUACACCUGUGUGGAUGGGGACUGCAAGACCCCAACUCAAUGCCCAGCUUCAAGCAACUUCUGCAAAACAAUUUCAACAGCCACUGUGUUCAGCCGGACAUGUGAGGAGUUCUGUGUUCCUGGAGUGAACAUCUACUGCUGCACUUCUGAUCUGUGUGACUGAUCUCUCAACAUCACCCAGUCAUCGGAUCAGUCACUAUAGUUCAUUGUAAUAGCGUAGCACAAAAAAAAUCCCUGGGUUACUCUAGGUGUUUCAUUUUUCUAAUUCCUUUUUCCCAUUUGAAUCAACAUGG